AUGAUAUCUAGAAGUGACUCGGCCUACGAUUCUAAGGUAAAGGUGGUUGCUGUAUAUGGGACUUUAUCUGAUUUGCUUUCUGUGGCCAGCAGCAAACUCGGCAUAAAAGCCACCAGUGUGUAUAACGGGAAAGGUGGACUGAUUGACGAUAUUGCUUUGAUAAGGGAUGAUGAUGUUUUGUUUGUGUGUGAAGGAGAACCAUUUAUUGAUCCUCAAACAGAUUGUAAACCCCAUGAAGGACCAUCAGGAUCCCACACAGACUGGCUAACAUUAAAUGUUGGCGGGCGGUACUUUACAACUACACGGAGCACUUUAGUGAAUAAAGAACCUGACAGUAUGCUGGCCCACAUGUUUAAGGACAAAGACGUCUGGGGAAAUAAGCAAGAUCAUAGAGGAGCUUUCUUAAUAGACCGAAGUCCUGAGUACUUUGAACCCAUUUUGAACUACUUGCGACACGGACAGCUAAUUGUAAAUGAUGGCAUUAAUUUAUUGGGUGUGUUAGAAGAAGCCAGAUUUUUUGGUAUUGACUCAUUGAUUGAACACCUAGAAGUGGCAAUAAAGAAUUCUCAGCCACCGGAGGAUCAUUCACCAAUAUCCCGAAAGGAAUUUGUACGAUUUCUGCUCGCCACUCCAACCAAGUCAGAAUUACGUUGCCAGGGUUUAAACUUCAGUGGUGCUGAUCUUUCUCGUUUGGACCUUCGAUACAUUAACUUCAAAAUGGCCAAUUUAAGCCGCUGCAAUCUUGCACAUGCUAAUCUCUGCUUUGCAAAUCUUGAACGAGCCGAUCUCUCUGGAUCAGUGCUUGAUUGUGCAAAUCUCCAGGGGGUCAAGAUGCUCUGUUCUAACGCUGAAGGGGCAUCCCUGAAACUGUGUAAUUUUGAGGAUCCCUCUGGUCUUAAAGCCAAUUUAGAAGGUGCUAAUCUGAAAGGUGUGGACAUGGAAGGAAGUCAGAUGACAGGAAUUAACCUGCGAGUUGCUACAUUAAAAAACGCAAAGUUGAAGAACUGUAAUCUAAGGGGAGCAACUCUGGCUGGAACUGAUUUAGAGAACUGUGACCUUUCUGGGUGUGAUCUUCAAGAAGCCAACCUGAGAGGUUCUAAUGUGAAGGGAGCUAUAUUCGAAGAGAUGUUAACACCAUUACAUAUGUCACAGAGCGUCAGAUGA